GCGCUCAGAAACGCAACACAACUCAACUCUUUCCCCUUCUGUAACUCUUCUCUGAUCAAAGCCAAACACUAAAACAACCAGUUUUCCAUAUUAAAAAACAAAGCCACUUCCCUCGAUUUUGCUCGCCCAAUUUCCCAUCCUUCACUUACUUUGCUUUGUUUCUCUCUUUCUGUUCUCGAUUCUCCUUAAAAAAAAAAUCCAAUUCUCAAAUUAAUUGAUAAAAUCCUCUUAGCUUUCAAAUUGUCACCGAAAUCGAAGGCUUGGAAGCUCCACAGUUAACUCACUCAUUUUAGCAAAGUUGGUGUUUGGGUUUCUAGCAAUAAAGAUACAAGUUCAGUAAUUUGUUGCAAAAUCGUGAAAUUAGUUUAGAGUUUUGCUAUGUAACCUAUGCAAGAGAAUGAAGCUGCAUAUUUUUUUUCCAUGUUUAAUUAGUUUAAAAAGAGGUAGUACUGUUUUUCUGGGUUUGAAGAUAAAUCCGGGUUUUUUUUGUUUUGUCGGGUUGGGAAUACGUGACAUGUGAGUUGUUGAUUACAUAUGUGAUUGAACUCAUUGAAGAUUAUGUGUUUGUGGGUUUGAGUUUUGAUAAUGUCAUGGGAAAAUGUAAGGUAUUUAGGGAUGCACAGAAGGUGUUUGAUGAAAUGUUUGGGAGAAAUGUUGUUUCUUGGACUUGUAUCCUGUGUAUGCUGGUUUAUUGUGAGGACUUGAUUAGUGCGGAAAGGGAGUUCGAUGCAAUGCCGAAGAGAAAUCAGGUCUCAUGGAAUGCCAUGAUAUUGAAGCAGACAUCUCAAGGAAGAAGAAGGGAAAAUCAAAAGAACAAGGAAGGAAGCAAAGGAGGGAAUACUAAAAAAGAAAGAGAAUUGGGCUCCAAAAAACAAGGAAAAAUCUUCUAUAAAAUGGCACGGCCUGAACCAUCUCUACAGAGAAGUAUCUGGGAAGAAAGGGGAGCUUAAAUAAUAAUUGGUGACGUGGUAUAACUGUCAGGAAAACAUUGUUGCAAGAAUUGAAGUACUCCGUCCAUUUCAUAUUUUGGCGCUCAAAAACACAAUUCAACACUUUCAUUCAAGAACAAAUUAUCUCCUCUCCCUGUAACUCAACUCUGAUUAAACCCAAACACUAAAAUCAUUCAAGAUUGUAAUCGCCAUGGAUAACGGGAAGGGCAAGAACAAAGUAGAUGAAUACGAUCAAGAACAGAAUUAUGAAGAUGACUUUGACAUUUGUACUUUAAAGCAGAAUCCAGAUAUAAUUGGUAGCAGUUCAAGUGACAAUGAGCUUCCUGAAACUGGUGAAAAAUCUAUGAUAGCUCAGCCAAAUGAGCCCCUCCGACAGAUAAGUAGAGAUUUCGCAGUUCCUUGUAGUCCUAGAGAUCGAAGAAUUCAAAUUCGACGAUCUCAGAGACUAACUAGAGAAGUUUCUGGAAGGCAGAGAAUGAGGGAAACUGGUUCAAGUAGCCAGGGUCAAUUUCAUCAUCAGUUGGAAUCUGGUUCAGGUCAACAAGCCACUCAACCUGGAGACAACCUUAUUCCACCAGCACCGCAGCUAACUACAGACUUCCCAUCUGAGACAUAUUCACCAUAUCUUUACGCAAAUAAUUGUGCAUGGCAUUAUCAGAAAUUACGGAAUAAGUAUGUUUGGGAUAGACUUAAUAGCUUGGAUAAAAGAGUUUCUGAACAGAAACAUUCCAAAGGCCGCAUUCUAAAGCUGGAGACUAAGAUGAACAAUCUGAAUGAAUUCAUUGAUGGCUUGGAGGAUGAUAAUACUGAGUUUAGAUAUCGCAUUUCAAUGCUAGAAGAUGUUCUCAAGUCAUUAGAGAGAAAACCUGCAAAUGAUGACACAGGAUGUAAUUUGGCAACAGAUCAAGGGAAGUCUAUUAUUGAUGCAUCUCCUUGUACUAAUGUUGGUAAUGUUCUUGGAGCCAGAACAAGUGAUCCAACUAAUAAUGUUCAAGAUGCUGGAAACGAAGCAGAAAACUUAGAGAGACAGGGAUCCUUAAGUGGACUGGAUAAUGCUGAUGGGCCUUCGGGUAUGCUGAAUCAGGAUGAUGGGCUGGUAAAUACAGUUUCUUAACCAUCUGCAGUUAAUACAGACCUAAACAAGCCAAUUACAGAAUCAGGCAAAACACAAGAUCAGAAGGACCAUGCUAAUCCAACUCUGUGAUCUUAUUGCAGCAGAUUAACUUUUUUAAUUUUGUAGCUUAACUUCCUGUUUUUUCUAGCUGAUUUCUAUAAGAAUCAUGAUUUUCCUGAAUUUACUCUGCUAUUAUCUCAACUUUUUUUCUAUACAGUAAGGAUUUAAUUCGUGGUAUGGGAACGUGGAUGAUACUCACUUAGCAAUCUACCUCUUUACAUCA